AUGUCGCUCAGGCCUUGCAUUGCCCACAGAAGGGUAAGAGCCAGAGAUGUUCAGGUCGCCCUGGACCACAUGGCAUCAACGACAUUUGUCACACCGUUGUCAAGACUUCGCCUUCGACCUCUGCAGUCCUGGUUCCUCUCGGUCUUCUCCCCGAUGGAAGACCCCUCGUCUAAGUGGCUCACGGAGAUGCUUCCUCCGCCUCAACCCUUGUCCGGAACUGCUGUCGAUCCAGGACGGUCGGAUUCUCCACCCAGACAUCGAGAGCCUGCAACUGGUAGCCUGGAGGAUAUAGCCCUGAAUGCCCUGCCGGAAGCAGUGAGGACGGUGAUCCUGGCCGCAAGGAAGUCUUCCGCCCAGCGGUCCUACGCCCUGAAAUGGAGGAGGCUGUCUGCUAACUCUUCUUGGCUCUCCCUGCAGGUUGCUCGCAAACUGGUAAUUCUGGAAGGAGAACUGGAAAGAGCAGAAGAGCGGGCUGAGGUUUCUGAAUUGAAAUGCAGCGACCUGGAAGAAGAGCUCAAGAAUGUCACCAACAACCUGAAGUCCCUGGAAGCUCAGUCAGAGAAGUACUCUGAGAAAGAGGACAAGUACGAAGAAGAGAUAAAGAUUCUGACAGACAAGCUAAAGGAGGCUGAAACACGAGCAGAGUUUGCAGAAAGAACAGUUGCCAAACUGGAAAAGACAAUAGAUGACCUGGAAGGUACAGAAUGCCAUUUAGUCAGUCUUCAGGGCCAGCCCCCUCUGCCCCCAGUUCUGGGAGUGACAUGGCCUGGCGCAACUGCAUUGUCAUGGCUUCUGGAAGACUUUCUGACCAUGAAG